AUGAGCGCGCACAGUGGCUCUCGUGGCGGACAGAACCAGAAUUCCUGGGGAGAGUCGCGUGAUCAACUUUCCACUGGACCAGCCCAGGAGCAACAUGUUCCCGUGCGAGGCUUCAAUGCCGCCGAGGCGAAGGGGGCUCUCAGAAGAAAGCCGAAGCCCUUCUUCUAUAAACCUGGUGGAAAGGACACAAAUCGCUCUGGGCCUUGGGGCUCGAAACCGAACACAAUGGCCAACGGCAAGGACUUUUUCCUCGAGCUUCGGAAACAAAUCACCACUUUGCGGCAAGGUGACAAUGUCGCAGGUGGCUGA